AUGCUCCUGCGCCCAUCGACUUCCUGUCGAAGGCUCAAACAUCAUCCUACAACCUUUUUUGAAUGUGUAUGGGUCUCCGAAGCGGAUCUUUGCAACGCCUUUCAACGCUUUUGCGGUACCUCAAACAUUACACGUCGACAUGGAAGCUCAGUGCCAGGCCCAUUGGAAAGCAGGAGGAGAUUGGGGAGAAGACGGAUGGCACAUGUCACAGAGUUGGCACAAGCCCCAAUGUACGAUCCAGGGGCGUUAUGGUGCUCAUCGUGGGGACCAGAGAAGAUUGAAUCACAGUGGAAGGCUCCCACACCGCGCUUUGCUGAGCAACCAAAGCACCCGCCGACUUUACCAUCCUGGUUAAUGAAUUGGACCCCUAUGCAGGAGCAACUUCUAGACGAUUUUACAGAGACUGCAAACGCCGAGGGAUCAAUAGAGAAGAAUCUUGGCGUGUUGCAACAGGAAAGACGUAUUAAAGAUCAUUUUAGUGAUUUCGAAAAAGCCAUAAGAGUUAAUCACCGAGAGCGUGGUUGCACGAUAAGAGACCGGAGAACAGGUGAAAAUGGAAAAGAUGAUCAUCAGUUAUCCGGACCUGCCAAAGCUCUGGAACUUUACUUAUCCUUUGAUAAAAAAUUCCAACAGAGUCUUAUCCUUGGGCUAGUUACCAGCGAUCUACUAUCUAGCACACUUCAAGCUGUUACAGAUGUUCUCUUGGAAAUUUCUAGCGGCUCUUACGUCAACAUCGAGGAUUCCACUCGGCCAAAUCGUAACAUGAAGGGUCAUUUUCGUGGGAAUAAUUUUGACGUGACUGAGCAACUGCUUGCUUUUUAUACACGGAUCUGGAAUGGUAUUCAGUCUUGUAAAGUUCUCAACCCCAUGGAUUUUGAUUCCAAAGUCAUGGGAGAAUAUCUGUCUUUACUGGCAAGACUCUCAGGCACGAACGGAACACAACUUCUGAUUUCUGAAAUCCUCCCUUCACUCUCUGAAAUCCAGCUCAGCAGUAAUGUAGGCACUAUUUUAAUCUUACUAAAUGAGUGGUCAUUAGGUUGGCUCGACAAAUCGAAAACUCCAACAAAUGCAAAUGAAUCCUUGAUCAAAGCAGAAGCAUCUUUGAUGGCCUCACAACGAAGUAUUAACCGUCUUCGAAUGCUACUGUGGUCCAGUCGAGGCAAGGAAAGCCCUGAAGUGUCUCGACGCAUUCGAGAUGCCCUAAUUCGAGCUUCCACGGACCUUUCCACUGCGAGAGCCGAAGUAUUGGCUGCGGAGAGUAUAUCAAUACCUCAUAGCCACUCCAUUGAUACUAUGAGUACUACUCUAGCCUCUCUGCCUAAAGAGGUAAUUUCUGUUCUGAUCAGAUCUCAUUCCGAAUCAAUCGCCUCCGCAACUUUCCUGAACCAGAAAAGUGUUGCGGGGCUCAAAGACUAUCUUGCCCAAUCCCACAGAAUACGGCUUAACUGGCUCUCUGUAAUGUCAAAAUUGGAAAAUAUCGAUGAUUUCAUGUUCACGGAGGCAUUCAAAUUAUUGCAACAACAAGAUCUCAGCCAAUUCAGACUAGACACUAAACGAUAUACUUUGACUUGGCGCCAGACAGCUGAGCUCAUUUUAAACCGUUGGACUAGCCAAGGCCUGUUAAAAAAUGGUAACGCCAUCAUUAACACUUAUAAAAUGAAGACUCUUCAUUAUCCCUGGUCCUUAGGGUUGCUUCUCUGGAGUUUAGAAAAGUAUGGACAAUUGAGUGAUGACAAUCUAUAUAGUCUAUUUGACUUUCUCCGAGAUGUUGGAGAGUUUCGUCACAUACAUGCUGUACUAAAACAGUCCAGAAUGUUUAAUUUGCAGGUCAACGCCAAUGUCCUUGCAGACCUUGUCAACAAUAUGACUCCCGUCAAUCUUCAAGCCGCCUAUGAUAUAUACAUGAGAUAUUGUAUAGGCAAAGUCGAACCUGAGGCUUGUGCCCCCUUGAUUGCCACAAUGAUUUAUCACGGCAGCGGAGGUAUCUGGUCCGCGCUGGACGCUCCAAUCUACGCGGCAAUGCCAAAAUGGAAGAGACAUGCCCCCUCACCUAAAGUUCUUUCACUGGCACGAAUCGAGCUUGUUAAUGAAAUUGCGAAAGCAUUCGCCCACGGUAAGGUACAGAGCCCAAGACAAGCUCUUCGUAAUGUUACACAAUGUUGGCAUUAUCUUCGUGCACACAAGGUCAAGCCAACAUCUGAAAUUUCGAGUAUUAUUACGCAAUUGGGUAUUACUGUGGACGUGAAGAAUGAAAAUUGGGGCCGGACAGAGAGAGUCAGAUGGGUUUUGAAGGUGGUUGAAAAAGUGGAGGGGCCGGAGGUCGCGGAUGCCGUGAGGAGGGCUGUGGCUAAUUGGAGAGGUAAAUUAAGACUGAAAUUAGAGAGGUUCAAAAUACAGAAGAGGGAGGAAGGGAAUAUUAUGUACUAG